AUGGCCGUUCGUGACGACACCUUCGCACAGGCGCUCAAAGCGGAGGCAGAAGAGUUUGGCGAAGCGGAAGUGCCCACGAUCACCAGCUUCGAGGCCAUCGCGAACUUUGUGAUUGGCUGCAUUGGCGCAGGUAUCGUAGUAUUUCCCAGAGUCAUGGCCGACAAUGGCGUUGGGCUGGCCCUCUUCCUCAUCUCGCUCAGUGCCUUUGUUUGCUUCGAGACUGGGCGCCUGAUGCUCGCAGCAUGCGACAUGGCGGAGAUCUGCACCGGCGCGCGCAAGGGCAAGAUGUCGAACUAUGAGGACCUCGCAGUCUGCGGCGCCUCUGGUUACUCUGGCAAACACUGGUGUAUGGGAGAUAGCCCCGAGCUGAUUCCCACCGAAGUGGCAACCGAUCUGGAAUCUGACGACAUGCUUCCUGUGGGACUACCUCAGACUGCUCCUGAGCAAGUUGUUCCGAACGGUGCUCUGGAAGAGGGCGCAGCAGGCACCAGAGGUUCCGCCAGGCUGCCGAAUACGCUCAUGAUCAAGGAAUCGCUAAUGUUGAAGAACGAGCAAAUCGACAGCAUGAGGUUACUUGCCCGCGAGAGUGAAGAGGAAAUGAGGAAUGCUUCUCAGGACACUGCGUCCCAAGCUCAGUUCCCUCCGGCCGUGACCCAACCCCUGUCGGAGCAGCUUGCACUGCAGGAGAGCCUCCGCAAGCCGGCCCUCUCAGAUCAGGAGCGUCUGUCCGAGUACUUAGACCAAGUGGCUAAGGAAAACGAGGACUACGUUCCUGAAGACGUCGGGGCUGAGGAGGCACAACGGGAGGCUGACAUUGAAAGGUAUGAACGCAAAAAGGCCCGUGAAGCUGAGGAAGACGCUCGCAAGGCCCAUUUCGGGAAGAUCUUUGAGAUUUGUUCGGUCAAAGGGGACGAGCUCCCGGAAUCGAAACGUGGGUUCGUCUUCCCCGAAACAGAUGGCCAAAAGAGUGGAUUUACUGCCGUUUUACCAGACAUUUGGCAUUCUGUUUUCUAUCAUGCUGAAUUAGAUUUGCUGCUUGUUGUGUACGUUGAUGACUUCAAGAUGGCCGGUGUUCGACAAAGCAUCGUCUGCAUCUUCAUCAGCCGCAGCCGCCCAUCUGAUGAUGAGGCCGACUGGGUGAUCCUGUCUCCUGAGGACCUCCCCAAUGUUUCCGCUGUGCCAAUUCCACGUGGGACUCGGAAUUAUGUGACCGGGGUCGUUAGAGGCAAAAUCUACGACGACAUGCACGACUCGGAGCUUUGGUGUCGGACCCGUGAUGUUCUCGAUCGUGUGAACUACGAUUGCGGCACCAGCUACGGUCUUGGCAUCUUGUUGUCCAUGGUGAAGAACGACAACAAGGGUCGCUUUGAGCUCAAGGAGGCCGGUUUCACUCUUCCCGCCGGUGGAGACGAACCACAAGACACCGUGGAGGUCAUCUACGAACUCGAGGAUGAGGAGCCUGAAGACGUUGCGAUCAAGCCAAUCAUCAAGGUCGAGCUCCCAGUUGCGGCGGAUGCUUUGGGUACAGAAGAAGAUGUUCCCGAAGGCCCGAGGGUGACGUUCAACACCGACAUUGACGUCCAGGAGAUAUCGCCUACAAGGUCGACUGCUGGAUAUAUCGAAAUCGUCGCUGGUGGCGAUGCAGAUGUUGGUGCAGCAUCCUCUGGUCAAGCGGCUGGUACUCAGCGCGCCGGGAGCCUGACCCGCAUCCAGUGCGAUCAUUGCGGCAACCUGCGUUUGGAGGGGCAGCAUCGUUGCUUCCAUUGUGGCUGUUUCCUGACCAAAGGAAGCAGGCAGUCAACGUUCCGCAUGUUUAUGAGCCGCAAGCGCAACGACGUCCUCGACCAGAUCGCUCAGGAAACUGGCUACCGGCUUUGGCAGCUGACGGCUGACCAGGUACGCCAGGGCUCAGGACAGCACGACAACCGCGGCGCUCAGUCUGUCGAUGGAAAGGCUAUUGCUCAGGCAAAGCAAAGCCUUAAGCACUUCCGUGGCCAAGGACACUCUGGCAUGCUCGACAAGUUCGAUUCUGACCACAACUAUGCCAUUUACGCGGUCCGAAAUGGAUGGACUCGCCGAUUGUUGUCAAUUCAGGAGUGCGUUGCUUUCGCUUAUCUCCCGAAUCCUGGCCGCAAUCGUGAACAGAGAGCAUUGGGUUACGGAUCGAGCCGUCGUUUGGAAGCAAGCCAAGUGGACCACACGGCACUUUGCCGUAUGGUGUACUUCGACAAGCCCGCCGGUGAUCUCAUCCAGGCCGGUUUAUUGUCGAAUGACCAGGAGGAGCCCAUCGGUUUUGCCUGGCUUGGCAGCUUCUAUGGUGUUGAGGACUUCUCCCGCGUUGCUUUCUUCACAAGGGGAGUGAGCCAUGUCCUUACCUUCUGCGAAGGCACCAUCGAGCUCCCACAUGCGACUGAAGCUGGCGACAUCAAGAUUUUCCUAAAGGCAGUGGUCCGUGAUAACCUUUCCGCUGCGAGGACCCUCGUCAGGCAGAUGAAGGAUGACGCCGAGGCUUCCCGUGCAGCACAAAGGCUCGCAGACGAGCGUCGUGCCCGGCAGCAGGAGCGCAACGCCCCUCGCCAUGAGGAGGCCGAUGUAUGGUCGUCCUCAACGUGGGGCUGGUCUGACCACGGGACUUGGUGGUCGGGAGACUGGCGCUCUGAGAAUCGCUGGUCGGAAUGGGACUGGAGCAGCUGGCAGCAAGACCGCCACACUCCAUGGCGCUAUGAUCAUAGCCGUAGGUGGUAA